CGUGGUGGGGGCGGGCGCGGAGCGGCGUUGAGCGCAGCAUCUUGCUCCUGUGCUGAAAGCCGGCACGCUGCCUGUCAUUAUCACGAGUACCAGGCUGGCGGCCGGCGAGGAAAGUCUUUUCGGCACCGGCGCUUCCACAUGCUCUUGGCAUGGCCAAUCUAAUCACCGCACUCUUCGUCCUCGGACUGACUGCCUCAGGACCCGUUCUUGGGCAGGAGGACCAAUUCUACUUCUCGACUAACCCCGAGCCAGUGACCUCGGUGGUUUCAGGGCGGUCGGUGACCCUAAGUUGCAAGGCUAGCGCCGACGCCGGCCUCACAUACUACUGGCAGCAGGGCAGCCACGUUCUCGCCAACACGACGCGCAGAUUCCAAAAGGGCCCCGACCUGCACAUCACCAGGGUGGACAGGGAGAAGGACGCAGGCGACUUCACGUGCAUCGCCACAAAUGUCACCUCCCACUUUUCCCUGAAGAGCCAGGCUGCCAGGUUGAACGUCCUCUGGCUGUUGGAGGAAGUGUCAGUGGAACAGCAGCCACCAGACAUCCCUGGCAGCGAGGAUGUUACCCUCCGGUGCAAAACAGACGGCAGCGGAGAGCUGAAAAUUGAUUGGUACAGAAACUCGGAGAAAAUAGUGCGUAACGAGCGGCACACAAUGAAGGGCAAAAAGCUGCAUAUUCGCGGAGCAACUGCUGCAGACAAUGGAGUGUUCAAGUGCGUCACUCGCAACGAGGCAGGCACUGUUGACAGCACCACCAAUUACGCACUCGCCAUCCCCGGGGACGGAUACCCAAUCCCAAGAGCUUUUCCAGUCAAGCAGAUUGCGAAGAAGGGGGAAAGUGCAAAAUUUGACUGCAACUUUGAGAACGCCGAGGACACGCAGUGGUUCUUUGACUCUUCGCCUCUGGUCAUGUCAGAGAAGCACUCGAUCCAUCAAAACGGUUCAUUGGUGAUUCACAAACUGUCCAGUGAGGACGAAGGCAUUUACCGUUGUGUCGGAGUGGCUGCCAAAAAAGUCGCCUAUUCCGCUGAACUCCAGUUAGCCUACCUGGAGUCCCUGAACGACACUGCCUCGCUGGAGCCCCUGCAACCGAACCUGCCAGCCGUGGUUGCUGAAAAAUCGGAAUUUGAAGUGACUUGUCUGCCGCCAAAAGGUGUCCCGAAGCCCCGCGUUUGGUGGAAAGCGCCCAAUGACCACGUGAUCAGUGACUCUGGGCCUGUCAGGGUUGACGAGACGCGUUUGAUCAUCGAUUCGGCCAGAUUGGAGUAUGCGGGAAAUUACACAUGCGUGGCAGAAAAUUUGGCCGGCAUCAGCUCAUUAUCUCUGCCGAUAUACGUGUCAACUCCCCCAAAAUUGAUCCAACAUCCGAAGAACACCACCGUGGAUGAGGAUAACCAAGCGAGCCUUUCCUGCUUGUUCAACGCGCCGCCGUACCCGAUUACCACGGUGCGCUGGAAGAAAGACAGCGGCAACGGCCACUUCAAAUACAUGCCUGAAGACCUUUUGGGCAGACACAACAACGGAACUCUGAUUUUCACGCAAGUGCAGGUCCCAGACCGGGGCAUCUAUCAGUGCGAAAUCACUGCCAAAGGUUUCAAACCGAUUUACUCCAAGAAGGCUAGCCUAUACGUUAAUGAAAAAUUGAAAUUUCAUCCUCGGCCUGUGAGCAAAAAGUUUGAGCUUGGAUCAAUGGCGAAGUUGCACUGCAAGGCGCAGGGAGCGGACAAACCAGUGAUCAAAUGGAUAAAGAACAACCAACGCACAUUUGACCUCCCAGAACACAUCCAAGAUAUCAACGGCACCCUUCACUUCAACCAAAUUAUGCGCACUGAUAGAGGAAACUACACCUGCGUUGCCACCAACACUCAAGGGCUAAUCAACGCCACCAUUGAAGUCGACGUAUAUGUUUCUCCCAAAUUCAUUGACAUCCCUAGCAAUCCGACCGAAGCAGUCGAAGGCAGCUCUGUAAUGUUGCACUGUGUUGUGGAAGGAGACCCUAUGCCAAAUAUCCAGUGGGACAAGGACAAUAAACUCAACAAUUUUGAUACAGAGAGGAUAACUGUCUUGAAAAAUAAUACUCUCUUCAUAAAAGAAGUGCUGCAAAUUGACGAGGCUCGGUACGCCUGCAUAGCUGGAAACACUGGCGGAUUCAAAAGGGAAGAAGUGCAGCUGAUUGUCAGAAGCCGUGACUAUUUCCUGAAUAUGGGAGAAGCUGAGGAAGGAGCCCUGAUGACUCGCACGGUGACAAUAACUCUCAGUGCAGCCACUGCAUACAUGCUGCUUGUUGUCGGCUUGAUGGUCUGGUGCAGGUACCGAAGGCUAAAACGCAAACAGUCCUACCUGCAAACCGGGGCUACACCUGAAGGCACAUUGUUGACCAAAGCGGAAAAUGGAGAGCCAAAUGGGGAGAAGACUGAGCUACAAAGCAACCUGUCCAAGCCUUUCAGGGAGCCGCGCCUUGCGGAGUGUGCUGAAGGAGGUUCCCAGUCUCACAGUUCCAACAGCAGCGGUGGUCACAAGAAAUCACGAUCCAGUUACGACAAACUCAGCUUUCCAAGACAAGACCUGAACAAGAUCCUAACCUUAGGUCACGGACAGUUUGGCGAGGUGUUUGUCGCCAAAGCAAAAGGAAUGAAGGGCAGUGGCGGCGCAGAUGAUGAAGGGGUGGUUGUGAUGGUCAAGGCUCUGCAGACCCGGGACGAGCACGCCCUGCAGGAGUUCAAAAGAGAGAUGGACAUGUACCACAAGCUGAGACACGAGCACAUUGCGAGGCUACUUGGUCUGUGCCGUGACACGGAUCCACACUAUGUCAUCUCAGAAUACACUGAUUGGGGUGAUCUGAAACAGCUUCUUCUGGCGACGACUGCGGCCACCUCUGGAAGCAAACGGGACGUGAAAGGCCUGCCUCCGCCGCUGACCAUGGCCCAGCUGGUGCAGUUGGCAUUACAGAUUUUGCGGGGAAUGGACCACUUGGCCAGCCAGCGGCUGACACACAAGGACCUGGCAGCCAGGAACAUUCUCAUCACCUCCACUCACACGGUGAAAAUCGCUUCCAUCGGCCUGUGCAAGGACACUUACAGCCAUGAGUACAUCAAACAUCACGAUAUUUUGAAACCUGUGCGGUGGAUGCCCUACGAGGCAGUCUUCGAAGACGACUUCUCCACCAAAAGCGACGUGUGGUCGUUCGCAGUCCUCUUCUGGGAGAUGGUGCACGCCGGCGAGACGCCUCAGGCAAAACACCCUGACGAGGCCGUGGUCAGUCUGCUGAACAAACGGGAGCUGCAGUGGCGACCCCCGAAGGCGGCCCCCGAACCCCUCCAAGUAAUCCUCAGGGCGUGCUGGUCAGACAGCCCCAGAGACCGUCCCUCGUUUGCAGAACUCGUACACGCCUUUGAGGCUGUUUGUGUUGACAGUCAGAUCUAGUUCUCUCCGGUGUUUGUAUAAUUUAAUUGUGCACACGUUAGGCUGAUUAAUGUUAACACACAUGCGACUCCGGCGGAUUGAUUGUGUUGUAUUCCUGAAUAUUGCAUUCUUACCUAGAGAGAAAAGGGAGUGAUUGCAAAUUUACCCCCUUUUGGUAUUAACUAUAUUCACUCUGUCUCAAGUGACUUCCAUAUUGGAAAUGUCCCAGACUUUUGGCCUUUUGUGAUCUCAUCCAUUAUAUUAUAUAUUACUAAUCGUUAAAGUGCAGCUAUAAUAAUAUACUGUUUAAGACUCGUCUUCAAAAUUAAAAUCUUUAAAUAGAGAUGAAAAAUCUAGAUAUAUAAAUGUGCUUAUCUGGGCAUGCCAUCCCAUUUUCAUAACUCUUACAAAUUGAGGCACUUAACUGUUAUAUAAAAAUUAACAUUUGGAAAGUUUAUUCCCGCCUUGAUCAAUGACUUAAAUUGUCAAUUAUCUUUGCAUUUCACUUCAUCAUACUGCAUCAAUCUUGAUUUUCGUUUUCUUGGGACCAUGCAUUUACAUUUUCUAUAAAAUUAUCGAAAAAUGACUGAAUUGUGUGCUACUAUUAUUUUUGGAACGAAUGCCGAAUUAGUUUUCUAGUUAAAAAUGUGCGCUGAAAACAGUUUUAAUGUUUGUGAUAACAUUGUCCCUGUAAAUAUCGAUUGAUUAUCUUAAAUCUGCAUUUAUGCAGACACGCAGUUUCUUUGUAACGAAUUUGAAUCACUUUUUUGUGGCAGUAUUUCUUGAUAACCGCAGCCGAUACUUCAGUAUUCAAAUGAACUAUGUGAGUGAAAUUAAAUCAUGCGUAGUGAAUCCAUUGAAUCCUUUUAUAUUUUUAUACACAUUGAACUGCCCAAGCAUAAAAAGUUGAUUUUAUCUAGUCAGAAUUUCCAACACAUUUGAACCU